AUGAAUAUGGAAAGUAGAUUAUCGGAUAGCUAUUUUAGUUUCCAGAAUGAUUCAAAACACCGAAAAACUUCUCAGAGAUUUUUUGAAUGGAUCCUGAAUUAUCCCCUGUUCAGUGAAAUCAGGAAUAGCAGUUUGUCUAACCGCUUCAACAUCCAGUGCAUAAACGAUGGAGAAAUUUUGGACACAAAACAGAUACAGGAAAAAAAGAAAAAAAACAAAAUAAGGAAGGGAUCAUAUAUUCCGAUAAGUAAGCGGGAUGGACUUACCACAAAUAUAAUUAAAAAUGAAAUAAGGAAAGAAGAUUACAGCCUCAUAAUUAACAACAAGUUUUAUACAAAUAUAAUUAAAAAGAGUGAGCAUAUAUACAAGACAUACAAUGAUUCUCUAAUAGACGAAAAACAAAAAAAAUUAAUUUUUGAAAAAAUUAAGGAAAAAUAUUUUAAAAAAAAAAAAGAGCAAAUCCAAGAGUAUAUUCCACCUCUUCUUCCACCCAGUUUUGUUGUAAAUAAUAAUAAAAAAAAAAUACUAGGUGAAAAAUUUAAUCCUUUUUUUAACUUUUUUAAAAAGGAUAUCAUUAAAAAUAUUUAUCACGACAGCAUAAAUUUUUCCCUAAAGACAAAUAUACAACUUAACAGGUACUUUUACAAAGUGAUAUCCAAUCAACUUCAAUAUUACCGAAUUAAGAAUGAUUUAUGCAUCCACGUCAUCAACAUUUUGAAUGAAAUAUCAAAGUAUUACCACAGUUAUGGAUACGAUAUUCUCAGUAAUGUUAAGGUAAAAUAUUUCCCGUAUAAAAAUAUUGUGAACAGUUUCUAUAUUAACGGCCUAGUAUUCAGCAACUGCUCCAUAUACUUUGACGAUGUGGAAAUAAAGAAUCCGAAAGUAUUACUGCUAGAUGCAGAAAAAAAGAAUGAGUAUGAAAUGUUAGAAAAUUGUUAUAAUUAUAACUAUAAUUACACCUAUUUCGUUUUAAAAAAUUUGUCUAAUCGACAUUUGAACAUCAUUUUAAUUCAUGGGGAAAUUGAUUUUUAUUUGAAAAAAUUAUUAAUGAAUAAAAAAAUAUACUAUUUCACAAGCAUAAAAAAGAAAAAUUUAUGCCGCCUAUCCAACAUGCUCCGUAUCAAAAUUUUAAAUUAUGAUGAUUUUAUAAAUUUUGACAGAAAUAUUUAUAUAGCCAAGGCAAAUUAUUUCAAGAUUCAGAAAUAUAAAAAAAACGUGAAGAAUAUUUUUCUCUGCUGUAAUAGCAAAUUUUUGACCAUAUGCAUAUUUGGAAAAAAAGGCAUACAGGAUGGUAUGGAGAAACAGAGUAGUAUUACUCCUGCAGACUUGGAUUAUAGAUCCAGGAAUGAGACAACAAAGAAGGGAAAUAAACCUCAACAUAAUGGCAUGUUCUACACACUACUUAAAAGAGAAACGGAAAAAGAAAACAUGCUAGAAAAAUUUCUUCAAGUGUAUUAUAAAAACAAGAAUGAUGAUUACAUCGUUGAUUAUUUUUUCAUAAAUAAAGAAAAAAAAAUAAACCUUGUGAGGAAAGAAAAAUAUGAAAAUAAAAGGAAGGCUCUAAUAAAUCAUAUAAAAAAUGUUAUUAUAAUUAAAAAGGUUAAAAAGUUAAUAAAAUUUUGUAUAUUUUUAACUUUUCACAUUUAUAGACAAUUAUAUUUUAAUAACUACAUGUUCAGAACACUUUUACACAUACCUGAUAGGAAUAUAAGCACAAAUGUUACAUGUGACAAUUUUUAUAAGAAAUUUAGCAAUUCUGUGCUAUUUUCUUCUAUUUUUCUCUUUUAUAAUCACACACAGAAGAAAAUAAAAAAUACUCCAAUAAAUUUCAUGUCCAAUUUAUUUCAUUUAAUAAAUAUUCACGAUCCUCUAACAAGAGAAAGGUUAAAAAUUAUGCACAUGUUAAUAAAGACAAAUAAAAUUAUCAAGGAACAAGUAUAUAACAAUUAUGAACACUGUUUUUUUAAUGUUCAAAGUAACAAAAUAAUAGACAUCGUAAACUAUUUUAUAUUUAAGAAUUUUAUGAAAAAUUUGGAAUGCAAUUAUAAUUGCAUGUACUAUUAUUUAAAAAUUAUUAAUAGUGCUUAUUUGCAUUAUAAUAAAAACAAUGUAAUAACAAAUGAUGAAACGUUUUUGAAGGAUUCGAAUAUUUUAUGUGAUCCUAUUUCUUUUAAUGAUGAAAUAGUUAUAGAAAAAAAGCUUAAUGAAAAGGCUGAGCAGAUAAUUGCACAAAAUAUAUUAUUCUAUUGCUACCAACUCGAGUCAGCUAAGAACAUAGAAAUGAUAAUUUAUUUCAUAUGUCCCAGCUACAUGUUUAUACAUAAUUUGUACAGUUCUAUAAAUAUAUACCUCUUCGACAAUCAAAACCAUAGUGCCAAAAAGUUAUUCUACAACUUUUUCUUCAACUACAAGUAUAUAUUCGAUAUCUCCCUACAGCAGUUCGUCUGUGUCAUCCACGCCUUGGCCUUUAAUCUGAUAUGCCCCUUUGAAUCGUGUGGAAAUUACCUGUGCUAUCAUCAAAUAUGUAUUCAAAUAUUUUUAAAGAGAGUGGUAAUAUUAUUUAAAAAGGAAAAGAAGGAUAAUGAAAAAAAUGAAAUAAUUAUGAAUAUCAUGUGCAACAAAUGUGAUGUGGUGCAGGAAAAAGUGUUGAAUACAAAUUUUUCUUUUUGCGAAUUUUUAUUAACCAUCAUACAUUCAGAGAAUUAUAUGAACAUGCAAUGCAAUCAUAAUGGAAAAAACAAUACUUAUGAACUAAGCUAUAGAAAUAUAAAAAUUUGUUUUUUCAUGAACGAUAACGAUAUUUACCAAAGCAUUAGGGAUAAUAGAACUUAUUCUGAAAGACAAAUUAAAAGUAAAUAUGGACGAUGUAGAAUCAAUAGAUCUAACGUUUGUAGUCGUGCAUGUUACUGUUCUAAUCAGGAUGAAUGUAAGAAAUGCUAUAGUGUAAUAAAAAAUGAACGAAAAAUUAAAAAUUACAUCAAGAAGAAUGUGAAAAAUAUUAUUUAUAACAGCGUGUUUUACUAUUAUCCAUGUAAAUGCAUAACGAGGAAGUAUAAAUGUAAAUAUAGAAAUGGUACAAAAGAGAGAAAAGAAAAUAUAUACACAAAUUUUAACCUGUAUAAUAUUAUAGAAAAUUUCCCCUUCUUCACAAGUUCAAUGCUCCCCAUGUAUUCCUCAUUGAAAUAUUUAAUUUAUAAUUUCAUAAUACAAUAUUAUAGAUCUAAAAAUAAACAUUUAUAUGAAAUAUCUCCAAAAAAAAGGAAGAAAGAAAAUUUUAAUAACCCCACAUCACCACUGUACUUUACGAAUAAAUGUAAAAAAUGUAAAUAUAUAAAAAUUUCGAACUUUUCUACAUUAGGGUUUUUUAAUGUCCUAUUUAUAAUUAAGAGAAUAUUUUUUAAUUUUUAUAUUACAAUUAAUUUUAUAAUCACUUUAUUGGGAAAAAACAUGUUCAUUAAGGUAAAUGAAAUUGAAUACUGUGUAAAUAACACAGCCUUUUUUAUUGAGGACAAUUUUUUAUUAAUAAAGGGAUGUUUAGAAAAUGAGAAAGAAAAUUUGAAAGAAAAUAUCCAAGAAAGAUGGAAAAUAAAUGUGAACAAGAAUGAAAAUAACGAAAAGUUUAAUAAGUGCAACAAUGUGCUUCUGAAUAGUGCAGCAAAUGAAUUCAAAUGUGAAGAAGGAGAAGAAGAAGUAGAAGAAGAAGAAGGAGAAACGAACAGCGUUACGCAAAAUGUGUAUGUUCUGCAUAAUCAGGAGAAGAGAACGAAUGAUUCAUGUGAAGAGGGUAUACAUGGUAGUAAUGGUAUAAAUGAGACUAAUGUCAAAACAGUUUAUUCAAAUGGAGAAGAAAAAGGAAAUUACGAUGAUAAUGUGUAUGUGACAAAACAGACUUGCAGUAAACAUGAAUACAUUUUAAAAGAUAUUAACAAAGUAAAAGAAAAUUUAAUAAAACAAUUCUUACUGUUCAGAAAGUUUAAGAAAAAAUUGAGAUUCUAUAAAAUGUAUUUAAUUAAAGUGUUUAGAAAUUUCUACUACUACGCUAUUGCCCAUUUGAUGGAAAAGCAUUUUUCACUAGACAUUGAAAUAUUUUUCUCUUUUUAUAUUAUGAUAUUAGAAAAAACUAAAUUAAAAAUUCAGAGAGAUAUUGAAACAAUGACAAAAUUGACAAGUAAUAGAAAACUGCAAUAUUUACGUUAUAUCGUGCCGAAUUCCUGGGAUAACUUACAAGGACGUAUGAAAAGAAUUCCUAAUAAAUUCUUGUCAUUUUUUUUUGCAAAUAUUCGGUACAAUUAUUCUGAUAAUUACAGUACAAAUAAACAUAACUGUGAUGGUAUGCAGAGUGUUAAAUGGAGAUCCAAAAAUAUUAGAUACAAAAGGGUACAAAUGAAAAAAUUGAUGCUUUUAAAAAAAAAAUAUUCCCACAUAAUCGAUAUGAAGAAAAAGCAAAUAAAAUCCAAUAUAAAAAACCUUAAAAGUUUGAGUAAAAACAAAUCCGAGUUAAGUAAUCACCAUCAUCUCGUACGAGAGUAUGAUGUGCAUAAAUUAUUCUUGAAGGAGUCUUACUAUAUAUAUAACAUUGAGAAUUAUAGGAAGAGAAAAUACUUAGAUGAUAUGAACAAAGAGGAAUAUGAACACUCGAACAAGAAAUUGUUUUAUUUGCAUAUAUCAAAUAUAGUUGAUUCGGUUAUAGCUUCUGGAGGGAUAGCAGGACAUAAGACCAAACCAGAUAAAAUAGGGCAAAUGAAAAAACCACGAAAAACAAGUUCUGUGUUUUUACUAAACCCAAAUGAUACGUCUAAUUCGAUAUUCCACGCGCUUAUAUCUGAUGAGUACAAGACCAGAUUGGUAAAAAUUUACAAAAAGGAAAAAGGGGCACACGAGGAAGGAACGUACAAAAGAGGACGAGCUAGCCAGUUUGAAGAAGAGCAGAAAGAAGCGAAUCGAAAUGUGCAGGACGAGGCAAAUCAAAAUGUGGAGGUCGAAGCGAAGGCGGACGAAUAUAAGGACGAAGUAGUUUUGCUGCAAAAGGAAGAAAGACUAAAUGAUAGCAAAAAAAUUAUCAUAAAGAAGGAACUAAGGUGUGGAAAUAAAAAAAGAACACAAAGGAAUAAACAUUUGAAGGACAUACAUCAUGAGGAGAUAAAGAAAUAUAUAAAAAAAAACAUAAGAAUAAUGACAAAUCGACUUUUAACGAAUCGUAUGAUAAAUAAAUUUAUAAAUUCUAAAAAUAAUGAAGUGCUUGUUAUUUCUAUAAAUGAUAACACUUCUGUAUAUAUAUAUUUUCCACUACAAUUUUAUUACUUGAGAAAAUUUUUGUGCAAAAAAGAAACAACAUUUUUGAGGUCACUUAUAAAAAGUAAUUACAUCAAUUUUGACCAUAAAAAAAGACAUUUUGUGAAAACAUAUGAUGAUAAGUACAUUCUAAAGGAAAUAAAUAAAUAUGAAUUUAAAUCUUUUGUUACAAGAUACAAGGAAUUUUUUCAACAUUUUUCAGAUAUUUGUUUUCAAAGAAAAAAAUCAUUGUUAUGUUUUAUGUAUGGGCUGUUCCAAAUUGAAAUUAAAAAAAAAAAUAGGAAAACUUUUAAAACAUACAUUAUUUUGGAAAAUGUGAAAAUUGAGCGUACCAAUUCGAAAAUUUUAAUUUUUGAUAUAAAAGGUGCAAGAAAGAAAAAAAAUUUACAAAAAUUGAUGAAGCAAAAUAAAAAAAGCUUCUCUUUUUUCGAAUUAAAUGACACGUUAUCACAUAAUUCAUACAAAAUGACUGAAGAAAAAGACAUGACAGAUGAUAACUCUUCAGGAAUAUCUGUUAAUUUGAGGCAGUUUAGUAAAUAUCUUCGCAUGGAAAAGAAAAAUAUCAACUUUAAAUGCACAAAUUAUAACAAUCUUAAGCAGGAAAUUAUGAAUGUUUUUUACAGCAAAAAGGGAUAUUUGCAAUAUCUCUCCGCAGAAAAAGAACACAGCAAAGGAAGAGAAAUUGAACGAGAAGAAAAUUAUGAACAAGAUGAUGCAGAGAGGGUGAAAAAAAAAAAGGAAAAAGAUGUAAGCAAAAUUGCACCAAAUGUAGAAGGAGAAAAAAGCUUUAUCGAAAAACAGGAAGAGCAAGAUGAAAGAAUGUGCACUGAAAUAAAUUCUGGUGACAAAAAAGGACUAGGGAGUAAGAAACACAAAACAACAGAUGGAUACAACAGUCAAAACAAUGCAGAAACGAUGAAAAAAAUUUAUAGAAAUACUAAACAAAAGAUGCUAUGCGGAUUUUUCAUAUGUCGUAAUGUUGAGCCAGCUAGGAACAGUUUGAUGAGAAUUAGACGGAAAAAAAGAAAAGAAAAGAAAAGAAAUUCUUUAAAAAUUGCUAAGAAGAGCACGAAAUUGGAAUAUCCUCGAAAUGUAAGCAAAGGGAAAAGUAGAAGAAAUAAAAAAGAAAAACAAAAAAAUUGGCGUAUUUUUCUGAAUGACAUCAUAUAUAAUACUAAGGAGCAUCUAUUCUUGAACACAAAAUUGGGUAAACUAAGAAAAAAGAAGAUUAUCCAUAAGAGAAAUGCAAAAAGGUUAAGAACUAAGUAUUUGUAUAGCACGAAAGUUUCACUUCAUUUUUUAGCAAGAAAAAAGGAGUACAUUUUGAAUAAAGAUAAUUUAAUCAAACACAAAGUUAGAGGUGAAGGUACAACAGAUUCCGUUAAAGAUGGAACAUACAACCUUUUAAAUAAUGAACCUUUGGAAAAUAAAAAUUUGGAGAGCUUAAAUUCUCAGGAAAAAUAUAAUAAUUUCGUAAUAAAUAAUUACAACUCUCUCAAAAGUUAUACCAUCCUAUUUGAUGAUAAUUUCAAAGAUUUCAUUAAGUCGAACGUAAUUAAUUUAGAAUAUAAUGACUAUAAAUAUUUAAUGGAUUCGUUGAAAGAAGAUACGGAAUUUUUAUCUGGACAAGAUAUAAUGGAUUAUUCAUUACUUAUACACAUAGAUAUUGCAAAUUUUGUAAUUAUUUUCAAAAUUAUUGACUAUUUAAGACCAUAUACAUGGGAUAAAUCAGUAGAAAAUUUUAGCAAAAGUGUACUAUAUUUAACAAAGGGUUAUAGACCAACUAUUAUACAUUCUGAAUAUUAUAAGAAAAGGUUCUUAAGUAAUAUAAAAAAGUAUAUUUUUUAUUACCUUCCUAUAUAUGCACUUCAAAAAAAGAUUGUUUUUAAAAUUGCAAAAAGAAAAGACACCUUUUCAAUACUUAACUUAAAUAAAAAUCAUCCAUUCAAAAUUUAUUUUUAUUAUCAACUAUUUAAUUUAACAUUAAGAUAUUAUAAUAAUUAUUAUAUAUAUGUGAAAUAUUUUAGUGAUAAGCAGACAUGUUUAUAUAAUAACUCACUUCUCAGAAAUAUUUAUUCAAAACAAAUUUUAUUUAUUUUUUUAAGUUACUACCAAAAGGAAUAUUACAUACAAUGUAUAGAGGAAAACAAAAAAAAAAAAAAAAAUGCUCAAACUUGCUAUGAUCUUUAUUUGAAAAAUCUAACAACCAUAGAUCAUCAUUUUUCAAAUUGGGAAGAGUUAUCGAAUUCAUUCAUGGGUGAAAUAACAUUGCGUGAUGGUGCCUUAAGUAGAGAAAUAAUAUCAAAAUAUUUUGAUAGCAACAAAAUAAAUAGUAAUUCGACUUCCCAGAACCUGAACAGAAAGUUGACGACCAACAAAUUGAGUGAGGGUAAUGCUUAUCUACAUAACCUCGUUUCUCCCUAUUGCACAUUGGAUCAGUGUGUUGUUCCUAGAAAUAUAUGUAAAGCCAUGUGUAGUAAUAGUUGUUCCUGUAUGAAGACUUGCAUACACCGUGACAUGGGUAGAGAAGGAACCUUUGACAAACAUGAUGAGUGUAUUUCCAGUAUUCUUAACGGGAACAAUUUCCCAUGCACGAGCUCUGAAGGAAUUCCCUUGCAGACAAAGCAGAAAUGCAAUAUUAUAAUGAAUAUGCCUAACCUUUUCAGUAUAAAUAGGAACUCAUUUGAUGAAAGAGAAUUUAAAAAACUGAAAAAACAAUUUUAUAAGAAAAUUUCCAGGUUUCAAAUAAAAAUUUUGAAAAAAUUACAAAAAUAUAAUUUUAAAAUAGAAGGUAUUUCGGAUCAUGUUCAAAACAAUGUAUAUAUACAAAUGCGUGACACAAAUAUACAUUAUACGAAUAUAAAUUAUUUAGAUGCAUAUAACAUUUAUAAUAUUUGUGAAAAGGAUUUUAAUAAGAUGUAUAAAAGAUCUAAAUACGGCAAAAAAAAAAACACCCUUUUGUAUAUUCCGUCUUACUUUCUCUUCGCAUUGAACAAAUACUGA